AUGGGCGGCUUUAUCUCUGGGUUAAUGAUAGUGGGGAUUAUACAGCCUGAUUGGCCCCGCCUGAUUGGCCCGGCGGCAGCGGAGGUAGACCGCCGCCGCCGCCGCCUCUUGAGUCUGGCUGGCUCUGGCGCCCCGGAGGACCCCGUGGCCUUUGCCCUGCUGACUGUCUCCCCUGCUCUCUCUCCUCGCUGGGGGACCCAGGCAGCUGCUCCCACGGAGAUCCACCGGGCCGGCUACUGCGCCUUCUACAGCGAGUGUGGCAAGAACCCCGAGCUGGGGAGCGGCCUCAUCCAGUCCAACGUGCCUUGCCUCUCCAACACGCCCGCCCGGCUGGUCUCGGGCAGCCACCUCCAGGCCCUGCGGGAGGUCUGCCCCAUGCUCUUCACAGGGGACGCCACCACCUACGCCUGCUGCUCCGCCAGCCAGCUGGAGGCCAUGAAGGCCACCCUCCUGCUCUCCCAGGCGGUGCUCUCCCGCUGCCCCUCCUGCUCCGAGAACUUUGCCCACAUCUACUGCCAGAACAUCUGCAGCCCAGACCAGAGCCUCUUCACCAACGUCACCCGCUUCUUCAACCGCUCCACGGAGCUGGGGGCCGGCCGGGAGGUGGGCGUCCUGGAGUACCAGUGCUACUACAGCCGGCGCUUUGCCGACCAGUCCUACGACUCGUGCAAGGGGGUCCGGCUGCCGGCCACGGGCGGCUACGCCAUCAGCACCAUGUGUGGCAUCUAUGGGGCCACCCUGUGCAACACCCAGCGCUGGCUGGACUUCCAGGGAGACCCCAGCAACGGGCUGGCUCCCCUGGCAAUCUCCUUCCAGCUGAUGGCGGACGGCGCCUCCCUCGGGGACGGCAUGGUGCCCUUCAAUGGGACGGCCUGGAAGUGCAGCGAACCCGUGGGCGGCAGCGGAGAGGCCUGCUCCUGCCCGGACUGCCCCGCCGCCUGCCCCGCCGGCCCCACGCCGCUCCCCGCAGCCCCGGCCUUUCAGGUGGGCGGGAUGGACGGCGUCCUCUUUGUGUGCCUCCUGCUCUUCGGCCUCCUCGCCCUGCUCUUUGUGUCCUUCCUGCUGUGGCAAAGCUGCUGCUCAGCUGCCAAGGGAGCGGGCCCGUGCCAGGCAGCGUGCCAGUCCUACACAUCCUGCGCGGAGCGGGCGAGCCAGAGGGUCCACAGCGCCCUGGCCCGGAUCUUCAGCAGCUGGGGCACCCUGGUGGCCUCCCACCCCUUCGUCUCCAUUGGCUGCUCGGCGGUGAUCGUGGUCCUGCUCUCCUCAGGGCUGUCCCGUAUCCAGCUGACCACCGACCCUGUGGAGCUCUGGUCCUCUCCGCACAGCCGGGCCCGGCAGGAGAAGGCCUUCUUUGACCAGCACUUUGGGCCCUUCUUCCGGACCAACCAGGUCAUCCUGACUGCCAAGGGCCGCCCCAGCUACACCUACGACUCCCUCAUCCUGGGCCAGAAGAACUUCAGCGGGAUCCUCUCCAUGGAGGUGCUGGUGCAGCUGCUGGAGUUGCAGACGCGGCUGCAGGACAUCUGGGUCUGGUCCGAGAAGCAUGGCCGGAACGUCUCCCUCCCGGACGUCUGCUACGCACCCCUGAGCCCCCACAACGCCUCUCUGGCCGACUGCUGCGUCAACAGCCUGCUGCAGUACUUCCAGAACAACCGCACCCGCCUGGAGUUGACGGCCAACCAGACGCUGCGGGGCCAGACGGGCACCGUGGACUGGAGAGACCACUUCCUCUACUGCGUCAACUCACCGCUUUCUUUCCAAGACAUCACAGAGCUGCAGCUGAGCUGCAUGGCCGACUAUGGGGCGCCCGUCUUCCCCUUCCUGGCUGUGGGGGGCUACUCAGGGGAGGACUAUUCCGGAUCACAGGCUCUCCUCUUGACCUUCUCCUUGAGCAACUUCCCCCCCACUGACCCUCGCUUUGACUUCGUGAUGUUAUGGGAGGAGCAAUUCCUGAAGGUCGUGCAGGAAUUCCAGCAGGAGAAUGCGGACAAAUACACCGUUGCCUACAUGGCAGAGCGCUCCCUGGAGGAUGAGAUCAGCCGCACCACCUGGGAGGACCUGCCAGUCUUUGCUAUCAGCUACCUGCUGAUCUUUGUGUACAUCGCGCUGGCCCUGGGGGAGUACUCCAGCUGCAGACGCAUCUUGGUGGACUCCAAGCUGACCCUGGGCCUGGGCGGCAUCCUGGUGGUGCUGGGGGCCGUGCUCUCCUCGCUGGGCUUCUACGCCUAUAUAGGGCUGCCUUCCUCUCUCAUCAUCCUCGAAGUCGUCCCCUUUCUGGUGCUGGCGGUGGGAGCCGAUAACCUCUUCAUCUUUGUGCUGGAGUACCAGCAAUCCACGCAGCAGCCCGGAGAGACCAGCGAGCAGCACGUCGGGAGGGUCCUGGGCAGCGUCGCCCCCAGCAUGCUGCUCUGCAGCCUCUCGGAAGUCAUCUGCUUCUUCUUGGGUGCCUGGUCGAGGAUGCCGGCGGUCCGGACAUUUGCCCUCAACGCCGCUCUGGCCGUGCUGCUGGACUUCCUCCUCCAGAUGUCGAUGUUUGUGCCCCUGGUGGCGCUGGAUGCCCGCAGGCAGAAGGCCUCGCGCUUUGACCUCUGCUGCUGCUGCUGCUGCUGCCGCCUGCGGGAAGCGGGGCCACGGAAGCGGCACGAGGGCCGGCUGCGCGCCUUCGCCAGGCGCUUCUAUGCGCCCGUCUUGCUCCACCGGGUGACCCGCUUCCUGGUGGUGCUGAUCUUCAUCUUCAUGUUCUGCGCAGGCCUCUUCCUGACGCUCCAGGUCCAGGUGGGGCUCGAGCAGGAGCUCUCCGUGCCCAAGGACUCCUACAUGCUACAGUACUUCCAGUACCUCAAGGAGUACUUCAUGGUGGGCGCCCCCACUUACUUCGUCACCACGGGGGGCUACAACUUCUCCACGGUGGAGGGGAUGGAUGGGGUGUGCUCCAGCGCGGGCUGUGACGGCGACUCCCUGACCCAGCAGAUCCAGCGCGCCACACAGUUCCCCAACGAGUCCUUCCUGGCCAUCCCUGCCUCUUCCUGGGUAGACGACUUCAUUGACUGGCUGAGCCCCUUCUCCGGCUGCUGCCGCACCUUCCGGUCUGGCCCCCACAAGGAUGAGUUUUGUCCCGCCACGAACGGCAACCUCUCCUGCCUCCUCAACUACUGCAUGCCUGUGGCAAAGCGGCCUGACGUGGAGCAGUUCAACAAAUUCCUGCCCUGGUUUCUGGGCGACAAGCCCAAUCUCAAGUGUCCGAAGGGGGGCCUGGGCGCCUACGACACCUCCGUGCAGCUGGGCCCAGAGGGGCAAAUCCUGGCUUCUCGCUUCAUGGCCUACCACACGCCCCUCAAAAACUCGCAGGAAUUCACGGCGGCACUGAAGGCUUCCCGGGAGUUGGCAGCCAACAUCACAGCCAGCCUGCGGAAUGUGCCUGGCACCGAUCCCAGCUUCCAGGUCUUCCCUUACACGAUCACCUACGUGUUCUAUGAGCAGUAUUUGACCAUCACCAUGGAGGGCGUGGCCAACCUGGCCUUCUGCCUGAUGCCCACCUUUGUGGUCUGCUGCAUCCUCUUGGGCAUGGACGUGCGGUCGGGCGCCAUCAACCUGCUCACCAUCAUCAUGAUUGUGGUGGACACUGUGGGAGCCAUGACUCUCUGGGGCAUCUCUUACAACGCCAUCUCGCUCAUCAACCUGGUGACAGCCGUGGGCAUCUCGGUGGAGUUUGUCUCCCAUCUCACCCGCUCCUUCGCCAUCAGCCGCGGCCCCACCAGGCUGGAGAGGGCCCGGGAGGCCACCAUCAACAUGGGCAGUGCGGUGUUUGCAGGCGUGGCCAUGACCAACCUGCCGGGGAUUGUGGUCUUGGCCUUUGCCAGGGCCCAGCUGAUCCAGAUCUUCUUCUUCCGCCUCAACCUCAUCAUCACGCUGCUGGGCAUGCUCCACGGCCUCGUCUUCCUGCCUGUGGCCCUCAGCUACUUCGGGCCUUCUGCCAGCCAGACUGGGAUGCAGACGGAGCAGCAGCCAAAGAUGGCCGGGACCCCAGAGAACAGCAGCAGCAGCAGCAGCCCGGCUCUGGUUAGCAGCUCAGCUGCAGGAGGCAAAAGGGUCCCGUGCAACGGCUCGACUUCUGCGGGCUCCGAGGGAAGCCACACCAGCCCCGGAGAGCCAGGCCAGGGAACUGGGCAGCAGAAGGCGCUGGAGGCCGGCAGCAGCCGGCAGGACAGACGCUCUGGGCAGGCGACGCCCUUCUGAGGCUUGGCCCCAGAGUCCUGACCCCACUCCCACCUCCCUGAUGGGGCCCGGAGAGCAGCGGCGGGCCAGGGCCGGCAGCAUCCCAGGGUCCGGGGCUGAGGAGGAGCCAGCCUGCUCCAGGACUCCUCGAGAGAGAGAGAGAGACCGGCCCCUUUCCCUCCCAGGCCCGCGCCUUCCUCCACCUCUGUGCACACUCCGUGCUGCCCUUCUCCCGCCCGACGGCGGGCAGCGUUUUGCAGCAGAGAGCUGGGCCCACCCCAGGCAAGCAAGCUGUCGGUCUCGGGAAGCGCCUGCUGCCCUCUGCGAUGGCGCCUGGGGGCACAGGUGGGGCGUGGCAGGAGCCCCCCUUCCUCCUCCCUUCUGGCAAGGCGAGCUGAGGCGAAGGGGUCCGGCGGGGGAAGCAGUCGGUGUCCAGGUGGGAGCCCCGCUGCCUGAGCGCUGGGAGGCAGGUGCUGCGUGGAAUAAAAAGUUGAAUGAAA